AUGGGCCCCCGCCGCGCGCCGCUCUGCGCGCCCCCUCGGCCGGCCGGAGCCGCCUCAGCGCUGCUCCAUGCCCCGGCGCCGCUCGUGCCGCAGCCGCCGCCGCCCGGCCGCAUCCCCUGCUCCGCUCCCGGCGGCUCCCGGCAACGCCGGAACUCGGCGCCUGGCAACCGCCAAACCGGCCCGGCGGGAAACAGCCGCCCCCGAGCACCGGCGUUCCCCCGCCUCGGCCGGCGGGGGGCGAGAUCCCGCGAGGCACCGCCGCCCCGCCUCCAGGGCGGGCGCGAGAGGCCGGAUGGGCGGGCGCCCCCUGCCGGGCGGAGAGCGGCCAUGGCGGCGGCGGCUCAGGUAGGGCUGGGGCGGUCACGGAGGCCCGGCGGAGCGGCCCUUGCGCGGGUCAUGCGCUGCCCCUCCAUGGCCCGCACUGUGCGGGGCGGCCUCGCUCUCCCGGGGCUCCUCGUGCCCACGGGCCUGGUUCCGGGCACCGGGGCCGCUUCUUGUUCUGGUGCAGUCUGCCGAGGCGUGAGGAACGGCAUCGGGCCUCCUGAUGGGAACGCUCUUGUGCAGAAUCAAUGGCAUCAGUCAGCUUCUCUUCAUGCUUUAUGUCCUAUUUCCUUCCUCAGUUCCUGGCUGCCCCAGGCAGUUGCAUCCCGAGGGAGUCACUGGCAGAGUUCGGUGCUGGCAUUCAGGGCGUCUCUCCCCAUGAGAGCGCAACCAAAGAAGAAGAAGAAGGUAGAUGUGAAGAGAGAGCAAGCACAGAAGGAUCGUAUGAAAAAGAGGAUUAAAAAGUUGGAAAAAACUGCCCCCGAAUUGAUUCCAAUUGAGGAUUUUAUAACACCAGUGAAGUACUCGGAUAGCAACAGGGUGCGAAGUCUUCCUGACCUGUCACCUGAGGAGACUGAAAGAAGAGUUUUACUUCUGAAAAAGUGGUGUUUGUUUAAGCAGAAACAAGAUAACGCAGAAAAGAAAGCAAUUCGGAGCAUGGUAGAAGCUCAGCAAGAGGCACUAAAGGAACUGCGCCUUGAGUCGGAGGAGUUGUAUCAAGCAGCAAUCAGGCGAGAUGAGGGGCUUUUCCCCUUUGAGAGAGAUGGACCCAGUUACACCCCACCGCUCCCUGGCUACGAUCCUCCUGAAGGAAAAUGCAUUGAUAUCACCAAAGUGUAUACGCAGUGAUGGAGGAGUUUGUAGCUCAUCUGGCAUGAGCUACUCAGCUGAUGCAGGAGGAAAGAAUGGAGCAAGGAUGAACUACUCCUGUAGGUUAAAAUACCGUAGGUGUGAGACUGCAAAAAAUACGUAUUAAUGAAGUACCUGUUUGGUUGGGUUUUUUUAAACAGCGAUCUCAGUAGUAAGAUGCCCAAAGAGCUACACUGCCUUAUACUUGUGUCAUGCUGCAACAAGACAAACGGUAUUUCACAGUGCUUUAUCUUUCUGGGCUUCUCUCAUCCCUCCAUGCAGCAUUUCUUUGUUCUGCAUAAACCAUUACUUGGAAGAUUCCCAUGCUACACGUAAAGAAUGUCACAGUCAUCA